GGCGGGGCGGGGAGCGCGACAUGGCGGCGGCCCGGGCGCUGCUGCUGGUGGCGGCGCUGGGCCCGGCGGCCGCCGUGUGGCCGCAGCCCCUCCGCCAGCUCUCCCCUCCGGCCGCCGCCCGCUGCCCGCUGCCCCCCGGCCGCUUUCGCUUCUCCUACGCCGCCGGCUCGGCCGUGGGGCCGGGCUGCGCCGUGCUGGACGAGGCCUUCCAGCGGUACCGGGCGCUCAUCUUCGGCGCCGCACGCCCCGCGGAGAGCAAGCAGCCCUGGAGGAAGCCCUGCAGUGAGCUCUCCGUCUUGGUCUCCACGCCGGGUUGCGAUGGCUUUCCCAGCCUGGACUCCAACGAGAGCUAUAAGCUGCACAUCUCAAGGGACUCCUUGCUGCUCUACGCCAAUGCCAUCUGGGGAGCUCUCAGAGGCCUGGAGACGUUCAGCCAGCUUGUUGGGAGAGAUGAGAACGGCACGUACUACGUCAACGAGACAGAAAUUGUGGACUUUCCCCGCUUCCCUCACCGAGGCCUGUUGCUCGACACCUCUCGCCACUACCUGCCUCUGAAAGCCAUCCUGCAGACCUUGGCUGACCUUUCAGAAGCCCAUGGUGCGUAUAUCUGUGUUCCCGUUCCUUCCCAGGACGUCAUGGCUUACAACAAGCUGAACGUGUUUCACUGGCACAUUGUGGACGACCCGUCUUUCCCGUACGAGAGCUUCACCUUCCCAGAGCUCAGCAAGCAGGGAGCCUUCAAUGCCAUGACCCACGUGUACACAGCCAGUGACGUGCAGGCGGUGAUCGAGUACGCCCGGCUCCGUGGCAUCAGGGUUAUUGCGGAGUUUGACACUCCCGGGCACACCCUGUCCUGGGGGCCAGGUGCUCCAGACCUCCUGACUCCCUGUUAUUUGGGCAAGGAUCCUUCUGGGACCUACGGGCCCAUCAACCCCAUCCUCAACAGCACCUACCAGUUCGUGACCAGUUUGUUUCAAGAGGUUGGCACUGUGUUCCCAGACUACUUCCUGCACCUCGGUGGCGAUGAGGUGGAUUUCACGUGCUGGAAGUCCAAUCCACAAAUUCGUGCCUUCAUGGAGGAGAUGGGCUUUGGUGAAGAUUACACAAAGUUAGAGUCAUUCUACAUCCAGAGGCUUCUGGACAUCGUCUCUUCCCUUGGCAAAGGCUACAUGGUGUGGCAGGAGGUGUUUGACAACGGAGUGAAGGUGAGGCCGGACACAAUCAUCCACGUGUGGAAGAACUCCCCGCCCUACAAGGAGGAGAUGGCGAACGUCACCAAGGCUGGCUACAGGGCUCUGCUCUCUGCCCCCUGGUACCUCAACCGCAUCUCCUACGGGCAGGACUGGAUGGCAGCCUACCAGGUGGAGCCCUUGGAUUUCACAGUCGUUCCCCCGUGUGGGGCAGGGAGGUGCUCUGUUACCUUACAGCACCCGAUCAGCGGAAAGCUGUGUCCUCUGGCAGGCAGCCCUGAGCAGAAGGAUCUGGUGAUCGGCGGAGAGGCGUGCAUGUGGGGCGAAUACGUGGACGUCACCAACCUGGCCCCCAGGCUCUGGCCAAGAGCUGGGGCUGUAGCCGAGAGGCUGUGGAGUAACGCGACCGUGAGGAACCUGCAAGAUGCGUACGUGCGGCUGGCCAGCUUCCGCUGCGAGCUUCUCAGGCGUGGUGUCCAGGCACAGCCUCUCUUCGUAGGAUACUGUGACCACGAAUUCGACGGGUUUUGAAGGGAGAGUCCUGCUGCCCUCGGUCUCUGCACACAGGAGGAAUGAUCUCUCUUUCUCCCUCAAAAGCUGCUGGCAUGGUGAAGGGACCCUUUUACUCCCCCUGCUUCUGCUCUUGCAUUGUUGCAAUGAAUGUUUUUUUUUUCCUUAGUAUGCACUCUUUGCCCCUUUUUCUAUUUUAGUUUCUCUAAAUCUAUAAAUAAAUGACCCCAAACAGAAAAAGGUGCCUCUUCAUACCCAGCUGGGGCCUGGGAAGACCAUGCAAGGGCUUUUUGCUGGGCAGGCCUUGCCGUGGAGCAGGCUCAUUGCAGGGAUUCCUGUGGAGGAGCAUCUGGCUGUGCCUCAUCCUGCCGGCUCUGCAGCGCGCCGGGUGCCUGCUCAGCUGGGUUAACCGUGCUUAUUCUCUGCCAGUAUCCCAGAUUUCAUCCCUGCUAAGAGAAUGUGGUGUCCAGUUGCACAGUAACGUGUGGGGGGGAAUCCUAAUCUUGCAGGCCAAGUGGGCUCCCUCACUUUUCCUUUCCACCUCCUGCUGUUGGCCCCUGAAGGCGCUCCCUGUGCCGGGAUGUCACCAGCGCUGCGGUGUCACCCGCUGCCUCCUGGCCUUUCCCUCUCUCUUCUCUCUGUGCCCCAGCUGUGUCCCUAAACCCCAUCUGCUCCCAGGCUGGCUGCUCCUGAGAUGAGCCCCGGAGCCUCUCAGACCUCACAAAGCCACAGAGCCGAGCGCGGGAGCUGGGUGCGGAUGUUCCCGAGGCACCGCUCAGCUCUUCCGUCGGCUGCUGCCUCUGCUCAGGCUUUUUGUGUCCCCCUGCUGCUCUCUUGUCCUCAGAGGGGCUCAGCUCCGCUUCUGUACCCGAGUGGCUUGGUUUGGACAGUAUUUUCCUUGCAGAAGAGACGGUCCUUGUCACAUCGCUGUCCCAGGGAGCCGGGACAGCCGUGGUUCUUGUCGUUUGACGGCUGGGGUUGCCCCGCUGGAAAUCCCAGCCAGCUCAAACGUGAGGGUCUCUCGGGGAGAAUUCCCCCAGGCCAGGACUGCUGGGCGUGUGUCCCGGUCUGAAAUGAGUGAGAUCUGCUGUUUGCUCUCCGUUAUGGAUGGAAACUUUUCACUGUUGUUUACUUGGAAUUAAAAUAUUCCUAAAUUGUCAA